UAUACUUUUUACUUCACUACAUUUAUCAGCAUGGGACCUUCUCACGUGACGUCGAACAACUUCCGGUGCUUCUGUCUGGGAGAGUUUGAGAUGUCCUUGUCAGACAGUGUCUCAGAGGAAGAUAUGCCCUUAACGUUACCCUCAGAGGGCAGCCACAGUGGGAGCAUCCGCAAGGGCUGUGAUCCUUUUGCCCAGACUCAGCGCAGUAAACUGCAGCACAGACGUGCCUGCAUCAACCAGCAGAUCAACAAAGAGAUGCGCAUGAGAGCCGGAGCAGAGAACCUGUUCAGGGCGACAACCAACAACAAGGUCAAGGAGAUGGUGGCUCUGGAGCUCAGCUUUGUCAACUCUAACCUGCAGCUGCUCAAAGAAGAGCUGGAGGACCUCAACAGCAACAUGGAGGUCUACCAGCCUGACAGUGAUGCUGUCAGCGUUCCCCUGAUCCCACUUGGCCUGAAAGAAACCAAAGAGGUGGACUUCACUGUUUCUAUCCAGGACUUCAUCUAUGAGCGCUACAGAGAGGACGGCUCGCUCUAUGACAAGGAGAUCAAAGAGCUUAUGGAGCUCAGACAGGCCAUGUGUACUCCCAGUCGUAACCAGGCUGGUCUGGAGCUGCUGAUGGAGUACUACAACCAGCUGUACUACCUGGACCAGCGCUUCUUCCUUCCUCACAGGAACCUGGGUGUGCACUUCCAUUGGUAUGACUCUCUGACAGGCGUCCCGUCGUGUCAGCGUGCACUGGCCUUUGAGAAAGGAAGUGUGUUGUUCAACAUUGGUGCUCUGUACACACAGAUUGGAGCACGGCAGGACCGCUCUGCUACAGCUGGCAUAGACCGAGCUAUAGAUGCCCUCCAGCAAGCUGCAGGUGCAUUUAACUACCUUAAGGAGAAUUUCUUCAACGCACCGAGCCUGGACAUGAGUGGUCCGUCACUCUGCAUGUUGGUUCGGCUGAUGAUGGCCCAGGUGCAGGAGUGCGUGUUUGAGCGUGUCACACUCACCACUCAGGACACAGACUUUGCCUCCCAGCUCUGCCUGGCACAAGAGGCUGCACGGGUGUCAGACAUGUACCUGUUAGUGCAGCAGGCCAUGACGCAGCCUCUGAUGAAAGACUAUGUGCCGUUCUCAUGGGCAUCCAUGAUCCAGGUCAAAUCUGAACACUUCCGUGCACUCUCACACUUCUACGCUGCUGCAGCACUCUGUGACCAGACCUGUAAGUGAAACACACAAGUCAUUUUAUUACACUCAGCCUUCCUCCAGUUCUACGUCAGCACUCCAGCAGUACCAUCACUCAGCCAGGCUUUACGAGAUCCAGAAAAAAGAAGAAAGCUUGGUAAAGCUCACCUCCGCUGUGCAGUGAUCAGACAUGAGGAGGCCAUGCGUGUCCACGGUCUAUGCAAAAUCCUGAGGAAGAUGGACAUCCUGCAAGAUGUGCUGUUUCUCACACACAGACGCUCUUUAGACAAAUACUCAGAGCUGGACCGAGAGGAUGACUUUGAUGAAACUGCAGAGGCUCCAGCGAUUCAGUCUCAAACUCAUCAGAAACCUGAAAUCACUGCACCCAAAUUCUCUACAGUCCAAGUUACUGACAUCUUCCAUAGACUUGGCCCCCUGUCAGUGUUUUGUGCGAGGACUCACUGGGGCCCAGUGCGUGUGAUCUGCCUGCAGAGGAGGGAGGGUGGACUGGGCCUCACGCUCAGAGGAGACUCCCCGGUCCUGGUGGCUGGAGUGGUGCCUGGAGGCUGUGCAGCUGAGGCAGGACUGAGGGAGGGAGACUACAUUGUGGCAGUGGAUGGACACGACUGUAAAUGGGGCAAACAUGGUGAAGUGGUGCACCUGCUGAAGAGCUGCAGUGACAGACUGAAGCUCAGUGUGGUCACUUUACACUCACAUGAUACACAAGAGGCAGAGAGGAGAGCGAUCAUGGUGUCACACAGCAGCAAUAAGGAAAAUACUCAGCUGCGUCUGCCAGCUGGGGCCAAAAAAAAACUGAACUGGAACAGGAAGAAGAAGAGGGAAGGCAGCGGGGUCACUAAGAGACUAGGAAGCACCUUCAGUCUGUUAUUUGGAAGCAUCCACGACACUGAGGCCAUGUACUGA